UCAAAGUCAGUUCUAUGGGAUAGGCUACUAUGGCGAUAAGGCGUGAUGCAUCCCAUACCUAUGCAGACCCAAACCAGACUUGUCCACACGUGGUUCUGCGGAAAAGGGCGGAUUACAUUGGAAUCGAGAAUACACCCAUUGCCAUCUUCCUGAUCAAUGCGUCUAUCUGUUUGGACUGUAAUCUGGUGUUGCAAGUCAUUGAAGCUGUCAAGCCUGGUUGGGUCAAAAAGAACGCGUAUCUCGGUCUAGUUGACUACCAGCGGGCGAAAUCAGAGGACGACUGGUUUACUAUAGUACCUCAAUUUACCCUGCAUCUGCAGCAGCCCGAAGGAAGGGAAGAUGCUUUCUUGGACCAACCUACAACCUUCCAUUUUCUCAAACGUGCUGCCACUGCACGUUACGAAGCGCAAUUUUUCGAUUGGCAUGCCGGCAAGAGCCCCGAAUAUACGGGGAAAUUUCUCGCUCAAUCUCUUGAAGUGACGCAUGAUUCAGGCUCACCAGCAGCUUUUGAACGAGCUCGUCACUGGUUGUCAUACUGUGACGAGCAUGACGAAGCUUGUAAGCCCCCGAACCCUGAUUACAAACCGCGGCGUCUUAUCAAUGUCGGCUCGUCGGAUGGCACACACGAGCCAUUCCUCUUCGAACCUGUCGAGCCGGUACGCUACGCAUGCCUUAGCUACUGCUGGGGAAAGGAUCUCCACCAAGUCUUGACUACAACGACCCAUAACCUGGAGUCGCAUUACCAAGCUAUUGAACUCUCCACGUUACCACUCACCCUUCAAGAUGCCAUUACUGUCUGUCGAAGCCUUGAGAUACCUAAUUUAUGGGUCGACUCUCUGUGCAUCGUCCAAGAUGAUCGUAUUUCCUGGUUACACGACGCAUCUGUAAUGCACGAUAUCUAUCUAAACUCGUACCUUACCAUCUCAGUCAUGGAACCCAACUCAUGCAAAAUGGGUUUCCUCGGCAAACAGCGCUUCGGUGAUCCUACCUGGCAACAACUCCUUUGCACUACCCGCCCCGACACCGCCCCUCCUUUGGAUCUGUUAAUACGCCCCGGAAAGUUCUACCCCAGAUCAUAUCGAGACCGAUCAUCUCUCGACACAAGAGGAUGGUGCCUACAAGAAUCCGUCCUACCGAACCGCAGACUCUGCUACGAUGGCAACGAAAUGAUCUGGGAGUGCCUCUGUCGCCAGCUCUGUGAAUGCGGACACGCAGUGGCACCCCAAGUACCACGACACACGACGCUCGAUUACGGCAAGCUCGGGGCUUCCAUCAAAACCGAAAUCCUGAAGACGAAAGUCCAAUCCGAGAGACAAGGAUAUCCAGAGUGGCAUCGAUCUUCGCUGGGCUCACGGUUAUGGCUUGAGCGUCACCAAGCACCAUACCAGAGAUGGAGAGAUCUUGUCUCGGAUUAUUCCCACAGGUCACUCACUAAGAAGCAUGACCGGUUACGAGCUAUUUCUGGCCUGGCGAAAAUGGUGGGGAAUCAUAUGCGGCAAGGGUCCGAAGCAGCGGUUGAGUAUCUGGCUGGUCUUUGGAAGAAAGAGCUUCCGUUUGAUCUGUCGUGGGAGGUUGAGCCUCCUAAUGAAGGUGCGGAGAUACCGGAAAGCGGGACCAUAUGGAAAUAUGAGCCCGUGGCCGUUGAUAAGUGCAUCGUCGAGCGAAUUCACUGUCAACAUGAGCUACUGGAGGACCCUAUGAGUGCUGUUACAGACGGUUCUAUUGUUUUGACGAGCGCAUUUGCGCCAGUAAAACUGAUACGCCUCGAGAAACUACCAGAAAUGCAGAAAGGGCAAGUGAUUUAUGAAGACGAAGUCCGACAUGAUACCUUCGUGCAGUGCUCAGAUGGACACAAGGUAGGUGUGACCCUCGAUAAGCCGGAGGUGCACAAUCUAGACGAAUCAUAUUACUGCCUCCGGUUAUUUUCUUGGGUGUCUGAACAGAACCAGAGGUUGGGCCCGGAAACGUGGUUCCUCAUAUUAGUGCCAUCGACGCACAAGCCAGGCGCUUUUGAGAGAAGGGGUGUUGGUCUGUGGGAUAGAUUGCUAGCAGGUAAGUAUAGCAGGUCGUGUCCUAUCUUUGAGGGGGGUGAAACUGCUACGGUGGAGAUUGUUUAG